AUGAAAGAAUAUAUCGUGUAUUUAUAGGGUCUUCUUAAAUAAAACAACAUCUAAUUUGAAUAGGAGGAGGACUUUGCAUAGAGUAAAUUGAAUCAAAUAAAUAAUGAAUUUGGUUAUGAACAUAUCAACAGAUACAAAAGAUAAAUGAUCUUAUCUGAAAUAGGAUUAACUGGAUAGUAGAAGAUUCAUCUUGCAAAGGUACUGAUUGUAGGUGCUGGAGGUAUAGGAGCUCCUGCAAUUUAUUACUUGGCUGGAGCUGGAGUUGGAACAAUAGGACUAGUUGAUGGUGAUAGUGUAGAUGUUUCUAAUUUGCAUCGUCAAAUAAUUCAUAAUAAUGAUAGACAAGGAAUGAAUAAAUGUGAAUCAGCAAAAAAAUAAAUUAAUUAGUUUAAUCCUUUAGUGAAUGUUAUUACUUAUUAGCAUCAUUUAUCAUCAGAAAAUGCAAUUGAUAUAUUUAAAAAUUAUGAUUUAAUUUUAGAUGCAACUGAUAAUCCUGCCACAAGAUAUUUAAUAAAUGAUACAGCAAUUUACUUAAAUAAACCUUUGGUAUCAGGUUCUUCGGUUGGUUGGGAAGGACAAAUCACAGUUUAUGGAAUGUAAGGACCUUGUUAUAGAUGUUUAUUUCCAUAAUGUCCUAAGACUGUGUAGAAUUGCAAUGAAGCGGGAGUAUUUGGAGUUAUGCCUGGGUUGAUUGGACUCAUAGAAGCAUUAUAAGCAGUGAAAAUAAUUAUUGGACAGUAAACUUUGUCAUAGAAAAUGAUAUUGAUUGAUGGAAUAAGAGAUGUGUAUAAAGUAGUCAAACUUAGAGGUCAAUAAAAGGAUUGCAUUGCUUGUUAGAAGUAAAUAAAAAUAAAUGAAUAUGAUUAUGCUUCCUUUGCAUAGACUAUUUGCAGCACUUCUAUUCCUUUUAGGGGAGGCUACAAAGAAAUAGAAUGGAAGGAUUUUCUACAAAUUUAAAAAAAUGAUAAUGUAGUACUUUUAGAUGUCAGACCAAGUUAGUAGUAUAACAUAAUUAAAUUGGAUGGAUUCAAAAAUCUUCCAUAUUAAUAGAUUGAUUAAUUUUAGGUGGAGGAGAACAAGGAUAAGGAGGUUUACAUUAUGUGCAGAAGAGGCAACAAUUCUCGGUUGGCAUGUGAAUUUUUAAAGGAUAAAAUACCCAAUGUUUAUAACAUUGUAGGUGGAAUAGAUUUGUACGCAAAGGGAUUUGAUCCUAAAAUGCCAUUGUUAUGA